AUGUCCCAAAUGCUCACAUUCCCUGCAGAGACGGCAGACUGGCUGAUUGUCAUGGAAGGCUACCUCGCGUCAGGUGCGAAGAAGGUCAAGGGUCCCAAGGUCACAUACUACGUGUUGAAGCAGAGCCCUGAUGGGAGCAAAGCUGUGAUUGAGCAGUUCUCUGGCCGAACUUUCUUGGCCACGUUCAACCUCUCUAAAGCGUCCAUUGCGCUGCCGGACAAAUCGCCCACGCUCUUCUCGCUGCAGCUGGACGACUCCCUCCUCAAGCUCAAGACAGACCACCCGAAAGUGACGCAGGCGUGGGUGGUGCGGCUGCAACAGGUGAUCAACGCCAUUCGCGAGGGCGUGAAGCUGACAUCGUCGCGCCAGGCAUCAAGCAGCGCCCUGCACGGCCAGCAGCCGGUGUCCCCGCCGCCCGAGCCAGAGCCGUAUGGCGCCGAGACGCCCGCAGAAUCAACAAAUACAAGCCUAACACGAAAAGACUCGCUGAAGCUGCAGACGCAGCGCAGCAAUCUCAUGAGCACGUCCUUCAUGAGCGACCUUGCCAGCAAGUACUCGUUCAUCAACCAAUGA